CGGCCACGACUAUUACAUCAUUGGCACCACCACCACCUUUCGGGAUGAGGGAUGACGUAAACGAGGGUGCGGGAGAGAGAGAGAGAGAGAGAGACGAGGAGACAGCAGCUGCAGCGUUCACUUGCCGUCGGAUUUUCACCGCAUUGCGAAUUUAACUGAAGUGGGGGGGAAAAGACACGCAUAAAAGACAAUUCGCGAUAUUUGAAACAACCCCCCCCCGCAUCCCCAACCCCGCCAAAAUCUCCAGGCGAGCGGCGCGGCGCCGGUAACAGCCUCCUCCCUCCCCGACAACAGAGCGGCACCUCCUAAAAAUCCGCACGAAGGCAAACUCCUCGGACGACAGCCUGUCCAUUGGUCCAAAGAUGGUCGACCGCGAGCAGCUGGUGCAGAAAGCCAGGCUGGCCGAGCAGGCUGAGAGGUAUGACGACAUGGCGGCCGCCAUGAAAUCGGUGACGGAGCUGAACGAGGCGCUGUCCAACGAAGAGCGCAACCUGCUGUCGGUGGCCUACAAGAACGUGGUGGGCGCCCGGCGCUCGUCGUGGCGCGUCAUCUCCAGCAUCGAGCAGAAGACGUCGGCCGACGGCAACGAGAAGAAGAUCGAGAUGGUGCGGGCCUACCGCGAGAAGAUCGAGAAGGAGCUGGAGGCGGUGUGCCAGGACGUCCUCAACCUCCUGGACGACUUCCUGGUCAAGAACUGCGGCGAGACGCAGCACGAGAGCAAAGUGUUCUACCUGAAGAUGAAGGGCGACUACUACCGCUACCUGGCCGAGGUGGCCACCGGCGAGAAGCGCGCCGCCGUGGUGGAGUCGUCGGAGAAGGCCUACAACGAGGCGCACGAGAUCAGCAAGGAGCACAUGCAGCCCACCCACCCCAUCCGGCUGGGCCUGGCCCUCAACUACUCCGUCUUUUACUACGAGAUCCAGAACGCGCCGGAGCAGGCGUGCCACCUGGCCAAGACGGCCUUCGACGACGCCAUCGCCGAGCUGGACACCCUCAACGAGGACUCCUACAAAGACUCCACGCUCAUCAUGCAGCUGCUGCGCGACAACUUGACUCUGUGGACCAGCGACCAGCAGGACGACGAGGGCGGGGAGGGCAACAACUGAAGCGCCGAGGCGACGGAAAAAAAAGGAUCGUGGCGGGACGAGGUGAGGGGAGGAGAGGAGAGGGAAAAAAAACAAAAAAGGGGCCGGUGGACUUUGGCAGCCGCUUUUUGCCGACCCCGCUCGCGCAGCAGCCAUUGUACUGUAUAUUUUUCCAUGUGUUUCCGGUGAAGAACGGAGGUGAGCGUUAGUUUCAAAAAAAGAAAAAGAAAAAAAAACCCUUUUCAGCAUGACGUACUUCCGGGUGGCAAAAGCUCAAGCGCUCUCAUCCAAAACGAGACCGUCGAGAAAUCAUUUUGACCCCCGGGCCAAAGCGGGUCGAGUGCCGAUUUUAGCCCCCUUCUCAAAUGUGCAAAAAAGAUGUUCCGAUUUUGGCACAAGGUGAGAGUUGUUGAGGUGGCGAACCAAUUGACUUGUCCGUGCUCUUGUGACGUAGCGACCGCUAGCUUCCCGCAAACAUAGCCGGCCCACCGAACCUUUUUUCGACGUCCCGUACCCGUGAGCGAAUGGCCUCCACAAAGCUGCUGAUGGAGCCGCCGAAGCAGCGACGAAUCCUUUCGACUUUUAUGCACCAAAGGGGGAAGUCGCUCAACCUCAUCGGGGACGCAUUUUCGGGUCAUUGUUUUUUAAGUUUUGCUCAGCAGGAGGCAUCCGACUUUCUCCCACCCGGAAGUACCCUGUUGUUUACAAACGUUAGGAAAGGGUCUUUAUCGAACAAUAUUUAAACAUGAAUCAAGAAAGAGAGAGAGAGAAUUCUAUGUGUGGUGGAAAGCGUCUCCUCCACUUUGUUGAUUUUCUUUGCGCCGCUCGAAAACACUCGUCUGCCAAUCAGAGUUCGUCGUCGGGUCCAAACGGCCACGUCGCGCUCGCUCCCGGUCCGUCCGGGCACGCCGCUUCCAUUUGAUGUGUUUUCUUAUCCGAUGAGUUGCUCGCGCAUCACCAAGCUGCUCGCUUCCGGGAAGGAGUUGCCACCCCAAAGCGGGGGUCAACCAACCUCGUUCGUUUGCGUCAUGACUCCACCUGAUUCCAGAAGUCGCCCCGGCCCGAGGGAAAGUCACGGCCCGCGUUCACUGGGAUGGAUUUUCAACAAAGUAGACUUUUUUUCUUUUCAAGUACAGUACUCGUCCCGCAUAGUCGUCCCCACGCACACAGUGUGACAAACCAAAAGUGGCAUUUCCCUUUUCAGGAUUUAAAAAAAAA